AUGGCGGAGAUCCAGGAGAUGUGCAAACAGCUGUCCAGUAUCUGCAUGGCGGGCGGCUUUCCUCUCCGGAAGUGGUCAGCCAGCGACUCAGCGGUGAUCUGGGACAUCCCGCCGGAGCACCGGUUGCAGCGCGAGACCCGUGACUGGCGACCACACGAGGCUCACUCCACCUUAGGACUGCAGUGGCACCCCGCCACGGACGAUUUCUCUUUCGCCACCCGGCACAUCGCACUGCCAUCCGUCACCAAGAGAUCUGUGCUGUCUCUGGUGGCGCAGCUAUUCGACCCUCUCGGCUGGCUAGCACCGGUCGUGGUCCGCGCCAAGAUUGCCUUUCAAUCGACUUGGCUUCAAGGACUUGAGUGGGACGCCCCGCUCGACGACACCUCCGCGUCAGCCUGGGUCACCUUUCACGCUCAGAUACCAGUACUCGAGCAAAUCCGAGUGUCCUUACCUCGUUUGGAAUUAAGCGCCGCCGUCCUUCUCUGCCGACUAGCCAAACACGCCUUGGCAAUCCUCGACCUGACUGCGCCACUUCACCUGUGGACGGACUCCACCGUCACGCUGGGCUGGAUCCGCGGCCACCCGUCCAGGUGGCAAACCUACGUCGCGAACCGCGUCUCAGAGAUUCAGAGGACCACUCCGCAGGCUGCGUGGCAUCACGUUCCAGGCCAGGACAACCCAGCCGACUGCGCUUCCCGAGGUCUCUCCCCCAAGGAACUGCAGAGCCAUCCGCUGUGGUGGCAAGGUCCGCCUUGGCUAAGCUUAGACGCCACCGCAUGGCCGACCGCCGUCGGCCACAUCACCGAAGAGCACCUGCCGGAGAAGCGCACCCGAGUCCAUGUCAAAGCCACAGCAGCGCCGAUGAGCGAGGCCGCCGAGCUGGUGCGGUUCUCCUCCCUGAAGAGGCUCCUACGCGUGACAGCCUGGUGUCGGUGGUGGCUGAGAGUAAGGGAGGAUCGGGCCACUGGCACUCAACAGCGCUUCCCCAGUACUCUGUCCACAGAGGAGAUAGAGAGAGCUCGAAAUAAUGAGGAGAAUCAAUUAGUGUAA